UUAAAAUGUUACAUUCGUCUACAUCAAAUGUCACCACAUGAGACGCAGUCAGUUUUAGCUCAGAAAAACAAGAUCCUGCAGGCUGCACCAUGGAGCAGCCUCCUGUUCCUCUCCCGAGGAAGAUACGCAUUCAGUCACGAUCCGUCGAUAACGACUGGCUGAAAUGUGAUCCCACUCCUCCUCAGUCUCAGAACGGUUCAAACGACUCCACACCUCCACCAGUGCCUUUGCGCACGAAUGUCAGAAGACAAUAUUCUGUGCCAUAUGAAAGCAUCAGAGAGCAAGUCCAGGUGGAUAAGGAGCUCUUUAAACCCCGACCUCCUCCGCUGCCGGCCAAGCCGCCACCAAAACAGCUUCUAGAGGAACCUGUUUACCUGGAAAUUAUCCAGGAUGAAACGUCCUCUGAUGAGGAGAUGAAACCAUGGAAAGAAAUGCUUGAAGAUCUCCAGCAUAGAGGAUUCACAGAGACAAGGAUGAUCAAUGCCAAAGCUGAAAAGCUGUAUAAGGCCAUUCAGAAGUUCAUCCAGCUGACUUCUACACAUGGCGACGAUCUCAAGUCACACAUCAAAGAGCUGAACAACAUUGCUGACAAUUUGGACAAGUUUGCAAAAAACACAAAGAUCGCCGGCAUCACUGGAGGAGCGUCAACAGCAGCAGGAGGCGUGGCGGCUGCCGCCGGGGUCAUCCUGGCCCCUUUCACCGCGGGAGCCUCGCUGGCCCUUACUAUUGUUGGGGCCGGAGUGGCUGCAGCCGGCGGCGUCACCGGGGCGUCAGCGGCCAUCGCAAACAAGGCGAAUUUAAUUCAAGACAAGAAGAAAAUUGACAAAACGUUGAACGACUUUAGCGUCCUGUAUGAAGACAUCCUGACCUGCCUGAAGUUUAUCAACGAAGGCAUGGACCUCCUGAAGCAGCACGGCGUGACUCAUCUCAACAAAACCAUGAUGGACUCGAAGGCUGCGGCCUGCGCGGUGCAGCUUGCCACCGGGGAGGCGAGCGCCAUGGCCUCGGAGAAGAGCAGCAACGCUUGGGGGAUGCUGAAAGGCUUCGCCAUCGGCAUGGACUUCUACUUCACCAAAGACAAAGACGGGCAGAAGCUGAAGAAAGGCCUCGAGUCGAAGCUCGCUCAUAAGCUCCGCAAACUAGUGGAAGACCUUAAUACUGGUGUGAACGAACUCAUGAAAAUAAAUGAGGUGUUCAGUAAGCACAUUGAUUGACAGUGUUUUGUUUUUUCCUUUUCUGUUCAAAGACCAGUGCAGGUCGAGGUUCAAUAAUGUUGAACCAGCUUAGAAUUUUCAGACAAGAUAGAUAUGAUUAUUCAUUCUGUGAAAUUGAGCUGUCAUUUGCUUUCCUUUCGACUUAUUUUGUGAUUUUUUUUCUGUGCUGUUACAAAUUGUAUUUUUAAUAAAGUACGACAAAGAUCAA